AUGAGCCUAAGCCUACGCCAACCUAAGCCUAGGCCUAAGCCUAAGCUUAAGCCUAAGCCUAAGCCUAAGCCUAAGCCUAAGCCUAAGCCUAAGCCUAAGCCUAAGCCUAAGCCUAAGCCUAAGUCUAAGUCUAAGCCUAAGCCUAAGCCGAAGCCUAAGCCUAAAACUAAGCCUAAGCCUAAGCCAAAGCCUGGACCUAAACUUAAAGUUAAGGUUAAGUCUAAAGCUAUACCCAUGGCUAAGCCUAAGCGUAAACCAAAGAUAAAGCCUGAGCCUUGUCUGGUUUUUACCUUUAAAACCUAA